CUCCUUAUAGUUAUUAUUUAUUAAACGCAAUUAUUCAUGGAAAACGUGAAAUUGUUGUCUCAGGAACUCCAAAGAGUUAUAUUAAAAUCUUUACUGAUGAUGAUUUGAUAAUUUAUUACGCUAAUUUAUAUGAUAAAACAACCAAGGAAUUAAAUAUAAUUUCUUCAAUCAUUACAACUUUAAAUCAAGAAUUUGAUAAUGAUAACUUGCCCAAAAAUCAAACUAACGCGCCAAAUUUGGCAAAUAGUUUACCCAUUAUUGCAGAUUCAUUUUCAUGGAAUCAAAAUUUUCUUUACAACUUAAAUCAAUUAUUUAUAUCACAAUUCAAUAUACAAACUGCUUCAGAACUUACAACAAAUUCUAUAAUACAUAGUGUAAAAAAAUAUAUAGAUGAUAAUAACAAAAAUCCAGAUGAAAUUCUAAAACAAUAUUAUAAUCACCAAUGCAGAUAUUACUAUACAAGUAUUAUUGGUUUUUUUUAUGAAUAUGGAAUUGGUACAAUUGUUGAUUAUGAUACAGCAUUUAAUAUGUAUAAUCAAGCAGCAGAAGGUUUUUAUUUACCCAAUAUCAAUUUCUGUUUAUUAAAAGACAAUCAACUUAUUGGAUUGAUUUCACUUGGUUUACUGUAUAUAAGUGGAAAAGGAGUUAUGGUAAAUCAACCAAAAGCAUUACAAUUAUUUAUAAAAUCUGUUGCCAAAGGUUCUUCUUUAGGAAAAUUUUAUAUUGGUAAAUGUUAUGAUUGUGGUUAUGGCGUUACUAAAAAUUCUAAACAUUCUUUUAAUUGGUACGUACAAUCUGCAAAAGAUGGAAACGCAGGAGCAGAAAAUAUAAUAGGGUAUUGCUAUAAUAUGGGCAAACGUAUUUCUAAAGAUCAUAAUGAGGCAUCAAAAUGGUUCACAAAAUCUGCAAUUAAAGGAAAUAAUCUAGCAUAUAAUAAUUUAGGUUAUAAUUAUGAACUCG